AUGAAACAUCUGAAAACAAAGCUCCUGGUGGAAAAACAAAACCUAGACAAACUGAAGAACAACAUUAAACAAGACAGAGCAUACCUGAGCAAAGCCAACAUGCUCAUGAGCAAAGAAAAACUAGAGCUGGCCUUGAUGAAGUCUGAUAUGCAAAAACAAUUGAUCACAUUGGUGGAGAAUCAACGCAUGAUUAAAGAGGGAUACAUUGACCUUGAAAUCAGAGAAAAUGAGUUUAAAAAGAAUACAACAGGACUGGACACGAUUGCUGAGAAGAUGAAGAGGGGAAGGGAACAAAUUCAUCAGCUAAACAUGGAUGUUCGGACCAAAACAGAUGAAGUCAAUGACAACAGAUGUGCAAUGGAACAGCAACAUAGGGACUUGUGUGUUCUCAGACAGGAACAUUGUCAAAAGAGCAAAGAGAUUGCAGUUGCCAGAACCAAAAUAAAUACAAGGAUGGAAAAGCUACUCAAAAUGAAGGCCAGCUUUGAAUCCGACAAAAUGCUGCAUGCCAAUGACAUGGAGAUGAUGGAACAACUGCAAUCUGAGCAGAAGGUGUUGCAAGAUCACUUUAGGUCUUGCAUCCUGUCAAUGGAAAGACUCCUGGUGGAAAAAAAGAACCUAGAGAAACUGAACAACAACAUUAAACAAGAGAAAGAAUACCUGAGCAAAGCCAACAUGCUCAUGAGCAAAGAAAAACUAGAGCUUGCCUUGAUGAAGUCUGAUAUGCAAAAACAAUUGAUCACAUUGGAGGAGAAUCAACGCAUGAUUAAAGAGGGAUACAUUGACCUUGAAAUCAGAGAAAAUGAGUUUAAAAGGAAUACAACAGGACUGGACACGAUUGCUGAGAAGAUGAAGAGGGGAAGGGAACAAAUUCAUCAGCUAAACAUGGAUGUUCGGACCAAAAGAGAUGAAGUCAACGACAACAGAUGUGCAGUGGAACAGCAACAUAGGGACUUGUGUGUUCUCAGACAGGAACAUUGUCAAAAGAGCAAAGAGAUUGCAUUUGCCAGAACCAAAAUAAGUACAGAGAUGGAAAAGCUACUCAAAAUGAAGGCCAGCUUUGAAUCCGACAAAAUGCUGCAUGCCAAAGACAUGGAGAUGAUGGAACAACUGCAAUCUGAGCAGAAGGUGUUGCAAGAUCACUUUAGGUCUUGUAUCCUGUCAAUGGAAAGAGUGAGAGAUGAUUUAAAGGCAAAGUAUAAAAAGAAAAUUGAAGACAUUGACAAAAAGGUUGUCAAAUUAGAAGCGAAAAAAGAAGGCAUACCGAAAUUGUUGUUUACAAUAAAGCACAUAUUGAAAAAUACUAAUCAGGGCAGAGAUCAAAUAUCAAUCAACAACAAACUAAUUGUAGGAGGAAAGAUUCAGCUGGACAACUUGUUUUCAAACAUUGUGAAAGAAACAGAAGACAUAAAACAUCUGAAAACAAAGUUCCUGGUGGACAAACAAAACCUAGACAAACUGAAGAACAACAUUAAAAAAGAGAGAGCAUACCUGAGCAAAGCCAACAUGCUCAUGAGCAAAGAAAAACUAAAGCUGGCCUUGAUGAAGUCUGAUAUGCAAAAACAAUUGAUCACAUUGGUGGAGAAUCAACGCAUGAUUAAAGAGGGAUACAUUGACCUUGAAAUCAGAGAAAAUGAGUUUAAAAAGAAUACAACAGGAUUGGACACGAUUGCUGAGAAGAUGAAGAGGGGAAGGGAACAAAUUCAUCAGCUAAACAUGGAUGUUCGGACCAAAAGAGAUGAAGUCAAUGACAACAGAUGUGCAAUGGAACAGCAACAUAGGGACUUGUGUGUUCUCAGACAGGAACAUUGUCAAAAGAGCAAAGAGAUUGCAUUUGCCAGAACCAAAAUAAGUACAGAGAUGGAAAAGCUACUCAAAAUGAAGGCCAGCUUUGAAUCCGACAAAAUGCUGCAUGCCAAAGACAUGGAGAUGAUGGAACAACUGCAAUCUGAGCAGAAGGUGUUGCAAGAUCACUUUAGGUCUUGCAUCCUGUCAAUGGAAAGAGUGAGAGAUGAUUUAAAGGCAAAGUAUAAAAAGAAAAUUGAAGACAUUGACAAAAAGGUUGUCAAAUUAGAAGCGAAAAAAGAAGGCAUACCGAAAUUGUUGCUUACAAUAAAGCACAUAUUGAAAAAUACUAAUCAAGGCAGAGAUCAAAUAUCAAUCAAAAACAAACUAAUUGUAGGAGGAAAGAUUCAGCUGGACAACUUGUUUUCAAACAUUGUGAAAGAAACAGAAGACAUAAAACAUCUGAAAACAAGGCUUCUGGUGGAAAAACAAAACCUAGAGAAACUGAAGAACAACAUUAAACAAGAGAGAGCAUACCUGAGCAAAGCCAACAUGCUCAUGAGCAAAGAAAAACUAAAGCUGGCCUUGAUGAAGUCUGAUAUGCAAAAACAAUUGAUCACAUUGGUGGAGAAUCAACGCAUGAUUAAAGAGGGAUACAUUGACCUUGAAAUCAGAGAAAAUGAGUUUAAAAAGAAUACAACAGGAUUGGACACGAUUGCUGAGAAGAUGAAGAGGGGAAGGGAACAAAUUCAUCAGCUAAACAUGGAUGUUCGGACCAAAAGAGAUGAAGUCAAUGACAACAGAUGUGCAAUGGAACAGCAACAUAGGGACUUGUGUGUUCUCAGACAGGAACAUUGUCAAAAGAGCAAAGAGAUUGCAUUUGCCAGAACCAAAAUAAGUACAGAGAUGGAAAAGCUACUCAAAAUGAAGGCCAACUUUGAAUCCGACAAAAUGCUGCAUGCCAAAGACAUGGAGAUGAUGGAACAACUGCAAUCUGAGCAGAAGGUGUUGCAAGAUCACUUUAGGUCUUGCAUCCUGUCAAUGGAAAGAAAAGAGUGA